AUGGCUUCUGCUAGUGCUAAUAAAAGACGUAGAGCUGAAACUGAAAGUGGAAGAGGAGGUCGUAUAUUUAACCCAUCUUGGACAAAUGAAUAUUUUGUAAUGGAGCAAAAUAAUUCAAUUAUGUGUCUCAUUUGUUUUGAAAAAAUUGCCGUGUGCAAAAUGUAUAAUGUUAAUAGACACUAUACUACAAAACAUGCAGCAACUUAUGAUAAAUUCAAGGGCCAAUUUCGUGUUGAUAAGGUAGAACUGCUAAAGAAAAAUUUUAUCGGGCAACAAUCAAUAAUGAAAAGCAAAGUAAUUAGCUCAUACAGUGCUACCAAAAUAAGUUUUUUAAUUGCAGAAAGUAUUGCAAAAAGUGGUCAACCUUUUUCUAGUGGAGAUUUAAUAAAAAACUCUAUAAAACAAUUUUGUAAUGAGGUAUGCCCUGAAAAAAUACAAUUUGCUGAAGAUCUCAGUCUUUCACACCAGACAAUUGCAAGAAGGGUUGAAGAUCUAUCAAAGAAUAUUGAAUUAGCAUUGAAAGAAAAACUAUGUAAGUGUGAAGCAUAUAGUCUGGCACUUGAUGAAUCAACAGAUAGAAGUGAUACGGCUCAGUUAGCUAUUUUUAUUAGAUUUAUAACAAGUAAUUUUGAAAUAAUUGAAGAACUGUUGGAUUUCAGGCACAUGAAAGGCACUACUAAAGGGGAAGAUAUUCUUUCUGAAGUCAAAAAAACAAUGAUAAAGUUUGAUUUGCCAGAAACAAAACUCUCUGGUGUCACUACAGAUGGAGCAAGUUCAAUGAAAGGAAAAAAUAAUGGAUUUGUGGCAUUAUUUAAGAAAUCCAUUAAGCACAACAUUCUUUCAUAUCACUGUAUUAUACAUCAGGAACAGUUAUGUGCAAAAGUAUUAGAAAUGAAAGAAGUCAUGGAAAUUGUUAUCCAAACUGUUAAUUUUAUAAGAAGUCGUGGCCUUAAUCACAGACAGUUCAAACAAUUGCUUGAGGAUUGUGGAAGUGAGGCAGAAGAUUUUCUAAAAAUUAAAGAUAAAGACACAAGCUUUCUUGAAAAUAAUGACUGGCUGAAUGAUUUGGCAUUUUUAGUUGACAUUACACAGAUGUUAAUGGAAUUAAAUAUCAAGUUGCAGGGUAAAGAUCAACUUAUUAGUAAAUUAUAUGAAAAUGUAGAAACAUUUGUUUUGAAAUUGAAACUUCUCAAACAACAAUUAAGUCAAAAAUCACUUAUCCAUUUUAAAACAUUGUCAGAAAGAAAUACCAACACAGUUGACUAUGAAAAAUAUUGUAAUCUUAUUUUAAAAGUAAUUGAUGAAUUUGACACAAGAUUUUGUGAUUUUAAAGAAGAAAAGAAUGAGUUAGACUUAUUUUCACAUCCAUUUUCCAUUAAAGUUGAGACAGUAAGAGAUGAAUUUCAAAUGGAAUUAAUAGAACUACAAAACAAUAAAGAUUUGAAAGAUGCUUACAAAGAUGUUGAAUUGUUAGAACUUUAUAAAAAAUACAUGAACAUUGAAGUUUAUCCACAUUUGUGCAAACACGCUAUGAAAUACUUUUCCCUUUUUGGAAGCACAUACAUCUGUGAACAAUUUUUUUCAAGAAUGAAACAUGUUAAAUCAGAGCAGAGACAUAGGUUGAAAGAUGAACACCUCACUGAUACACUUCGGAUUUCAUCGUCCACUAUAAAAGCUGACAUUGAUCAAUUGUGUAAAAAUAAACAAUGCCAAGUUUCCCAUUAA